CAUGGCAUCUGAGUGCCUGCCUGCGCUCUGCUGUCCCCUGCCGCUGGGUCGCUGCUGAUGCCGAGCGGCGGAACGGCUCGGCUCGUGCGUUUCUACGUACGGCUGCAACCGCAGUUGCCGAGCUUCGAAGGCGAAUGAAACCGGAGAGCAGCUCGAAAAAAUAUGAAGACGGAAGGUCCGAGCCGUUCCUCACUAUCCCGACAGCUGUAACGUCGGCGGAAAACGCUCGUGGAUUUGUCAGACGCGAGAAUGGGGCUGUGAAUCACGGAGGAAAUAUCCCUGGACCACUCCGCUCAGCCUCCCCAUCUGACUCCACCGCCGCCGAUGGUGACGAUGCUCUAAACGCAACCUGCCAGCGGUUCAUCCGGUUUGACCUUCAAGGAAUCACUUUGAGUGAGAUCUAAUCGUCAGCAGAAUGAUCGAGGAAGGCAGCAAACGAGGCAAGGCCAUGGUCGAGAAGAGACAGCUCUUCAUGGAAAUGAGAGCACAAAACUUUGACGUUAUCAGAUUGUCAACCUAUCGGACUGCCUGCAAACUCCGGUUUGUCCAAAAGCGAUGCAACCUCCAUCUGGUGGACGUCUGGAACAUGAUCGAGGCUUUCCGAGACAAUGGGCUCAACACGUUGGACCACAACGCCGAGAUCAGCGUGUCGCGGCUGGAGACGAUUCUGUCUUCCAUCUACUACCAGCUCAACAAGCGGCUGCCCACCACCCACCAGAUCAACGUGGAGCAGUCCAUCGGCCUGCUGCUGAACUUCAUGGUGGCCACCUAUGACAGUGAAAGUCAUGGGAAGCUGACCGUUUUCUCAAUGAAAGCCAUGCUGGCGACGAUGUGCGGAGGGAAGAUUGUGGACAAGCUGCGCUACAUUUUUUCACAGAUCUCAGACUCGAGCGGAGUCAUGGUGUUCGCAAAGUUCGAUCAGUUCCUCCGGGAGGUGCUGAAGCUCCCCACAGCGGUGUUCGAGGGCCCGUCGUUCGGCUACACGGAGCAUUCGGUGCGGAUGUGCUUCCCUCAGCAGAAGAAGAUCAUGUUGAACACCUUUCUGGAUGUGUUGAUGGCAGAUCCUCCUCCUCAGUGUCUUGUAUGGCUGCCGCUGAUGCACCGACUCGCCAAUGUUGAAAACGUCUUCCAUCCGGUGGAAUGUUCUUACUGCCGGAGCGAGAGCAUGAUGGGCUUUCGGUACCGGUGCCAACAGUGCCACGGGUACCAGCUUUGUCAGAGCUGCUUCUGGCGGGGCCACGCCAACGGCCCCCACAGCAACCAACACCAAAUGAAGGAGCACUCGUCCUGGAAGUCUCCGGCCAAAAAGCUGAGCCAUGCGAUCAGCAAAUCUCUGGGCUGCGUCCCCAUCGGAGAGGCGCCGCACCCCGUGUUCCCCGAGCAGGCAGAGAGACCUCAGGAGCUCCCCCAUACCGUUCAGCCGAAAGCAGCGACCAACAACAUGAACGACACAAUGCUCAUGUCCUCUGGUGCACCCACUCCUACCAAAAGUGUUUUGGAGAGUCCCAGCCGGUUAGACGAAGAGCACCGGCUCAUCGCACGAUACGCUGCGCGCCUGGCAGCUGAGGCAGGCAACUCCACACAACAGUGUCCUCCAACAGACCUGAGUUUCAACUUCGAUGCCAAUAAGCAACAGAGGCAGCUGAUCGCGGAGCUGGAGAACAAAAACCGGGAGAUCUUGCAGGAGAUCCAGAGGCUCCGUUUGGAGCAUGAACAGGCCUCCCAGCCCACGCCAGAAAAAGCCCAGCAGAACCCCACGCUCCUGACCGAGCUGCGACUCCUCAGACACAGGAAGGACGAGCUGGAGAGGCGCAUGUCGGCCCUGCAGGAGAGCAGGCGGGAGCUGAUGGUCCAGCUGGAGGGUCUGAUGAGGCUGCUGAAGGAUGAGGAGCAGAAGCAGGCUUCCCAGUCUGGAGGCUCCCCUCAUUCCUCUCCCAGUCACGGUGCCGGCUGCUCCAUGCCCAUGCCCAUCCGCUCCACCUCGGCCGGAUCCACCCCGACUCACACACCGCAGGACUGCCUGGCAGGCGUGGGAGGAGACGUGCUGGAGGCCUUUUCUCAGGGUGUACCCAGAAACCUUCGGAACGAUCUUUUAGUUGCUGCUGACUCAAUCACAAACACCAUGUCAUCGCUGGUGAAGGAGCUCCACUCAGUGGACGACGCGGCGGAGGACGACGACACCAACAUGAGGAAUGGUGGAGACAGAGGUGGGUCCAGGCACACUGAGGGUACAAAAGCACUGAGGGGAGGAGAUCCCUACCCCGGCCUGCGAGGACGUCCGGUCAUCGACUGGGAAGACUCGGCAUCAGCAGGAAGCCCCUGGCAUUAGCACGUAGAGUAAUGCAUGCAUCUAAUCUAAAAAUGAAUUUCACUGUGUGAAAAAAAAGAAAAAAAAAAAGAAGAAGUCGUCACACCUUGCGCCUAGCAAGAUGUGUCUAAUUACCAAGUGUGUAUGUUGUCCUGUAAACAAAACAAACGAACAAACAAGACAAAAAAAAAACUGCUGUAAAAUUACCAGAACAAUUUCCCUCAUGAGUGGGAAGAACGGCUUGCUGUGCUUUUUAUCUCCCAUUCCGGCAGAUCGUCCUGCACAUAAACUACUGUAAACACACGGAGCCUUCUCACCGAGGAGACGUCCUGAUACCACCUGCUCUCUGUCAUGGCUUUUUCUCUCUCUCUUUUUUUUUCUUUUGAGUAGUUUACAUUUGUUUUCUUUUCUUCUUUUUUUUUAAGGUUUUUGCAUGACGUUGCACUCAUGUCUGGAUUUAGUUACUGUACUGUACAACGCUAUGCCGGGUCUUUGAUGGUGUUGUGAAGACAGCUGUGGUCUCAGAAGUGUCCUCUAAAUUCAUGCUAGCUGUGUUUACUUGCACAGGGGACAUUCUGGGUUUUUGGGCUUGUUACUGUGAGAAGAAGCUUGAAGAGGCACUAUUUAUUUAUAUGUUUAUUUUUUAAUUAUUACUGUUUUGUUUUUUUUUAGAAUUUGCUUUACUGCCAUGAUUUAUGUGAUGGAGAGAGCCUGCCAGAGGAAUAAGCAAAAGCCUGCUUAAGGUUCCUUUGCUGCUACUGUGACAGGAAUGUUUAUUCCCCUGAAUUUUCAUCUUUUGAUAAGUGCUUUCAUUUUGGACUAAAAAAUUGACUCCCUCUUUCAGCACAGAUGGUUCCAACGAUAUGCUGGUGAUUUUAAAUCUUUAAUAGAAAACAGAAAUUAUGAGGUAAGAGCUACAUUAAACUGAUAAAGCUGACUUACGAAGUUUUGAAUGCUUGGAACUCUCCCUCCCUAAAGCGCCAUACAAAGGUUCCUGUUUUAUUUUCUACAAUACAUUUCUACCCUGGUAAUAUAUUGUUACCCUUUAUCAGUGGAGACACAGGCGGGUAAUGGCGGCCUCAUUUUUGGAAAUGAUUCCUGUAGUUGAAAGUCACUGACUGUAAAACUACCACAGGCUCUUGUGAAACUUGUUACCUCUGAAAACCAGUUGUGAAAUUGUUCAACUUAGAUUUAUGUGACUGUUGUCACGUGAAAUAAAAUUUAUUUAAAACACAGGACAAACGACAGGAGAUAAAGACAGGCUGGCGUUUGUAUAAAAACGACCUCAGAAAUCUUAUGGCAAGAAAGCAAAUCAAGCUAAUUUACCUCAAUUCUAAGCUAAUAUUUUCAGGGAAUAAUGCAGUGCAAAAAUUCUUUGACAUUAGGGCUUUUUUUCUUCCAGUGCUUCAGUGUAAAGAGCCAAAUAAAACCCUCAGCUGGCUUCCAGAAUAACCUGUGCAUGUGAACACCCUGGAUGAAUCUCGUACUACUCUGCUGCUAAUGUGCUCUCAGAGAGCAACGCUCGCCAGAAGUCUGCCGCAAAAAAAAAAAAAAAAAAAAACACAACAACGAGCCAAGUCUCCGUUACUCCCAAUGAAUACAGCCUGAAGGGCAUCGUUAGCUCAACACAGCACGGUGCCUCCUUCCAGAGGACGCUGAGUGGCUGCUAGGCAACACGUUAGCACGGUAGCGGGUUAGCCGCAGGGUGGGUUAGCCGGCUAGCUCGAGGUCAGAAUUUCAACGUUAACACUCGUGUGUGAGGUUGAAAGGCCACAGAAAACUAGGAAGUGCUUCAAAUAGCUUUAUUUAGGCGAUGAAAGUGAGCAGAAAAUGUUUAUGUGCAAUGACGGUAAAUGUGCUCAGGGACUGCAGAGCUAACGGUUUGCUGUUCAAGUCCUGAAAUGUGAGAAAUACUGGGAGGUCGCGUUUAAUCAACGAGUGAAUUGGACUUGCUUCGGAUCACAUUUGUACGAUUUUAUCAGGACUUCCUAAAGCACAUCUUUUGAGUAGUUUUGAUCUGUUUUAGGUAGAAACUUUAUAUGCCUGUGCAGAAAUCAAUCAAUCAGCAAAUAAUGAAUGAGUAAUUUGCAUUGAGUAAUUUGUGUAAUGGCCACUUUUAUUGGCACCCUUCAUGAAGACGGUAAACAGCCUAACAAUAAAAACUACAUUUUAUUGUAGCUCUGGAACCUCACUUUAAAAAUGUGACAAAUCCUAUCUUCAAUUCAAAGUAUUUUUUUUUCACGUUAAGAAAUAAUUAUGUUUAAUUAAAUUACUAAUUAUCUGUACUCCUAACAAUCCCAUUAUUUAAUUAAUUAAAAUAUAUAUCCAAGCCGGUUUUUUUUAAUACAAUCUUGACUUUUUUCUUGUAGCUGAUCAGCGUUUCUAGGGAGUUCUAAUGAUUAAUCAAUACCUUUUCUGGUUCCUUAGUUCAUAAAUAUGAUAUGACAGAAACUUAAUAUCUUUUAGCCACUCUGAUGGACGACUUCACUUGUUUAAUCUGCGGUGCUGCACAGUGAGCAGGAUGGUAACAAAAGUAAAAAAUAAACAAUUCAGAGCUCGAAUUUCUCUAAAUUUUCAUUGACGAUUAAAGAUGGAUCCACUGCAGGGCUUUGUGCACGUCUCUAUCAAGGGUGCCAUGAAAUGUGUCAGAGAUUUUAGGAGAGGAGUUUUUCUUAAGUGCUGUUUGGUUAGAAAUGUUUUGUCUGUGGGUGACUUUGUGUCUUUUGGCAAAGCAAAGUGUUGCUUUAACAGAGGCUGUGAACCGGUUGGCCAUGCUUAUUCAAAGUCACACAGGUUAUCAAACCAUUUUACCUUUACGUGUAAGUUUGAUUUCAUGUUGUUUAAUGUAGCCGUCUGUAAAAACAAAUGUGCAUUUUCUGGGUUAUAGUUCAGUUCUUUAAUCCUUAUUUAACUGAGCUGCAGAAGAUUUUGCUUUUUGUUUGUUUCCAUUUCUGGUUCAUGCACUAAGCCUGUCCUAUAAGCUACAUAAGAGGUUUCAGCAACCCGUGCGACACUGAGUUAAGAAAAAAACAAAACGAGGCUCCUCUGUUGCCAUUCUAAGUGUUGAUUUCAUUUUUUUCUCCCAUUCUUUUUUUCUCUGUUUCAAUGCAUAUUGUCUUUUUAUUUCUAUGAUUCUGCUCUGCAACAUUGAUGGAGUCUAGUCGUUGUAAUGGGUUUAUCAAAAACUGCUAAUCACCUGGUACACUUUCAUUCGAAAGCAGGAAGAAUCAUUUUAACCACUGCUGCUAUAAAACAAUGUUUCGGCCCACAAAUUACAUGUGACAACGCUAAGAUAAAAAAAAAAAAAAGAAAACAAACAAAUGGGACUGUUUCCUCUUUCAUUCUGAUCCUGCAUUUUAUUGCAAAUCUUAAUCUUUCUGUUUUGUUCUUUCAGUUUGUGCCUGUAGCUGUACUGUAAAGUGCUGUAUAAAGUAACCAUUCAGCAAACGAGAUAAUCUGUCAGCCUCAGUGUCAAGGUUUUAGUCUGUGACUUUGUAGAGAUUUUAUUUACUUGUCAAUUGUUUUUCUCGUGUUUUUUGAGGUGGGGAUGGGGGGGGCGGGGAUCUUACGCUCAGCCUUUACAUUUGUGCCAAACUGUUUGCAGACGUUGUGUGUCAUAUAAAAACACAGGUAUAUAUCAAAGUAUGUCUGCAUUAUUAGUCUGUCGUCGACCUUAAUCUGUUCACUGAAUGCCUGGGAAUGGAAAGUCAUCUGCUGCUGAAAAAAAAACAAAAAAACACUCAUUUAAGAGUUAUACUAUUAUUAUCAAAAUGGGGAAUAUAUAUAUAUAUAUGUAUUCUUUAUAUAUAUAUUCCAGAGUGAUUCAUUUUAUUUGAACCCGUCCUGAGACAAUAUUGUAUGUAUCCCGCCCUGUCAGGCCAAACUCGGGUUAACGCAGCUGGUCACACAGAGGUGCGUACACUGUAAUCCAUUUUGUUUUUUUCUUUCGUUUUUCACAGAGACAAGGUGCAAAGCAGCCAGCACAGCUUCCCUGAUGUUAUUUAAAUAUGUGUGUGUUCUGUACGCUUACGCUUCUUGUAUGCAUUCGUUCUCAUGUUGAUUUGACGAAGCAUAGUUUUAUGUCACAAAACCACAGUUUUGUUUUGGCUUUUUCUUUUGUAAAUACAUCAAAUGUGAGAUAUAUUAAAAAGAUU